AUGUCUAGAAGCUCGACUCUAGAAGAUUCUCAAGAGACAGCAGUCAAGUCUGAGACUAGGCUCACAUUUGGUAUCGAGAUCGAAUAUCUCUUAGCUACCGUUCAUCCCAUCUAUCCUGCUCCUCAUCCAAAGGAUCCACGUGAGAAAGAUGGAAGUAAAUUAAGUAGCAUAGACAAAGCUAAUGAUGACAUUGGGGAAAGACUCAAGGCUAACGGUAUACCAGUAACAACAACUGUGUGCGAAAUGGAUUCAUCGCUGAAUCGUUCAGAAUUAAGAACUAAAUGGCACCUUAAAUCUGAUUCGAGUGUUAAUCCAAUAGAGCGAAUCCAUCCAAAUUAUAGAGAAUUUGGUAUGGAAUUAUCAUCUCCACCCUACUAUUACGAUCAGGCUUCACGGGAACUUAUUCCUGUAGUCUUGGAGACAUUAAGAAAUAAUUAUCUAGUUCGAGUUAAUAAGAGUGCAGGCUUUCACGUUCACGUUGGCAACGAGUAUGAUGGGUUUUCUUUCCCAGUAUUUCGCAACCUGGUUGCAAUUUUAUAUACUUACGAACGGCAGAUUCGGCUUAUGGUCUCUGCCGAGCGAGUGCAGACUUCACAAACCUUUUGCCGAUCAUUCACCUGGUGCACUUUCGCGACGAGUGCCCCAGAUAUCACGCGUCUCGAGUUCCUCAACCACAUUCUUUCCUACCAAAACCCAGACGACUGGAAACAAUUCUGGACUGACAUGACACCUGGCGUUGGCGGACGCCUUGCAUUCAACCUGGUCAACUUAAAACUCCCGUACGAAACUGAAGAACGCACCAUCGAAUUCCGUCUCCAUCCCGGAACUCUCGAUCCAGAGGUCAUGCUCAACUGGGUGCACUUCUGCAUCAAAGUCACAGAGAAAGCAUGCCACAUCAAAAACGAAAACGAGCUCUACGAGCUCCUCCGGCGCGAUGUCGAAAAACCCAUUGGCAUCGUCGGAGAAGAUUGUAGCACGCUUGAUUUUCUCAUGUGGCUGGGCUGUCCGGCGCAGGCGUAUUACUAUGGUGCUCCUUCCGUUGCAGAUCCGCAGGCCCUUGGAGAGCGCAUAGAGGAGGAUGAUAGGAUGGAACAGGUGAGUCGGGCUUUGGCGGUGCGGAAGAGGAUGGAGUGGGUGGAGAGGAUGAGGAGAGCGCAACAUGCGAGGGAUUUUCCCGGGGAUGAUGCGGAUUUUGAGGAGGUGGAGUCGGGUUAG